CUUUCGCAGUGGAACAUUUUAAUUUAAUCUUGACUAUGGCUGAUUUAUAAAUUUUUAAAUCACUUAUUAUCUCUCAAAUAGUACUUCUAAUGCAGCUAAUUUUAUCAUAAAUUAAUCAUUUUUUUAUCUUUUUGUUUAAGAAGUUUAAUAUUUCACAAUCAAUAUAAUACAAUUUCGCAAAAGGGAUACAGAGUACUUAAUUAGUUAUCUUCCUUGAUAAUUUUGCUAAAUGGCUGCAACAGCAACUCGUAAUGGUUUAGAUGCCAGCAAGACAGAUGAUGUGAAAGCUGCUGAUUGGAAGUCAAAUUUAAAAAUCCCCCCAAAAGAUCAAAGGAUUAAAACAGCUGAUGUUACUGCUACUAAAGGGAAUGAAUUUGAAGACUACUGUUUAAAGCGUGAGCUUCUUAUGGGUAUUUUUGAAAAAGGAUUUGAGAAACCUUCUCCAAUUCAGGAACAAAGUAUACCUAUUGCAUUAGCUGGAAGAGAUAUAAUGGCUAGAGCUAAAAAUGGAACAGGAAAAACUGGUGCAUAUUUAAUACCAUUGUUAGAAAGAGUUGAUUCAACUAAAGAUUAUAUUCAAGCAUUGGUUCUUGUUCCUACUCGAGAGCUUGCAUUGCAAACUUCACAAAUAUGCAAAGAUCUCAGCAAUCAUCUUGGUACAAAAGUCAUGGUAACAUUGGGUGGGACUAGUUUAAAAGAUGACAUAAUGAGACUUUAUCAGACAGUACAUGUUGUUGUUGCUACUCCUGGAAGAAUUCUUGAUUUAAUGAAAAAAGGUGUUGCUGAUAUGUCUAAGUGUCAAAUACUUGUAAUGGAUGAGGCUGAUAAACUGUUAUCAAUGGACUUUAAAAAGUUGCUUGAUUCAUUGAUACAAAUGCUUCCAGAAAAUCGCCAAGUACUUUUGUAUUCUGCUACAUUUCCAUAUUCAGUCAAAGAAUUUAAGGAUAAAUAUUUGUCAAAACCUUAUGAAAUAAAUUUAAUGGAUGAGUUAACAUUAAAAGGAAUCACUCAAUAUUAUGCAUUUGUUGAGGAAAAGCAAAAGGUUCAUUGUCUAAACACGCUAUUUUCUAAACUUCAAGUAAAUCAGUCUAUAAUCUUUUGUAACUCUGUCCAAAGAGUUGAAUUAUUGGCACGUAAAAUCACGCAGCUUGGAUAUUCAUGUUUUUAUAUACACUCUAGAAUGCAACAGUCACACAGGAAUAGAGUUUUUCACGAUUUUCGCUCUGGUCAGUGUAGAAAUCUAGUUUGUUCAGAUUUGUUCACAAGAGGAAUUGAUAUCCAAGCUGUUAAUGUAGUUAUAAAUUUUGAUUUUCCAAAAAAUUCAGAAACAUAUCUCCACCGAAUUGGACGAUCAGGACGCUUUGGCCAUUUAGGUAUUGCUUUAAAUCUAAUAACGUACGAUGAUCGCUUUACUUUGUAUCAAGUUGAACAAGAAUUAGGAACUGAAAUCAAGCCCAUACCACCUUCGAUUGACAAAAGUCUUUAUGUUGCUGAGUUUCAAAUAGAACAAACCAAUAACGAAAAUAAAGAUGAGGAAUAAUU